AUGGCCUUCUCGUAUGCCUUCUUCACAGCCUUUCUCUCUGCUGGCUUCCGGGACUCAACCAAUUUGGCUUUAUCCAGAGUAGAAUCUACACCCAGGGGUUCCAGCUUGAAACGUGGUAGCCACUGCCUGAAAUGUACAACUUGAGAAUUUUCAUCAAGGAGCACCAGCCAGCGACGCUUAGAGAAGCUGUACAUUUUGCUGACAACUGGGCCUCAGCUCGCAACGCCUACCGUAAGUCUUCCCCUCCUGUAGUGAAGAUUGCGAAGCCUCCGUCUUCCGAGGAACCAUCCCCAGGAGUACAGAGGAGUAGCUCACCAGCCGUGCGGUGUCACAACUGCGGGGAAGAAGGGCACAUUCGUUCUCGCUGUCCCAGGAAUCCCCUCACCUUCAAAUCUACUGACACUCAUCAGCCCAGCUACAAGGUCGGAUUCUGUUUGGAAGACAGGAGCUGCCCCGUUAUUGUGUCGGCAGAACAAUAAAUGGGUCAAGGGCAUCUACUUUCAUCAGGGACACUGGUUGCUC